AUGACUAAUUCUACGUGUUUUGUGUAUUUGUGUUGCUUCUAAAUUCUAAUAUUCUCAAUCAAAGUUUAUCAAUCAUGUUGUUAGUAAAUUCCAAUAUAUAAUUGCUAGAGGACCAGUUUCAAAUUAGCCAUCACACACCUAACCUAAAGAUAAUAACAUGUAAUUAAACAAGUAGAUUCAUGUGCAACUUGACCAUAUUAUACGGAGAAUGGACAAUAAACAGCAAUAAUUGAGAUUACACAAGUGGUUGUGUACUCUGUUCUCAUGCCUCUUUCCGCAUUUCAUUCGCCAUUGUCCUUUUAGGAAGCUCCCUUCAAAAAAAAAAAAAAGUACUUUUAGGAAGCUGCUAAUUUCUACUCCAUUUACUUAAUUAGCCAUCACCCACCCAACCUAAUGAUAUAACAUUUAAUUAAACAAGUACAUUCAUGUGCAACUUGACCAUAUUAUUCUCAUGCCUCUUUCCGCAUUUCACUCGCCAUUGUCCUAGCCUUUUCUUCUCUUUAAUCAUAUUUUGGUUAUUUUAAGUACUUUUAGGAAGCUCCCUUCAAAAAAAAUAAAAAAAUACUUUAGGAAGCUGCUGAUUUCUACUCCAUUUACUUAAUGUUCACAUGUUAAUUUACACCGUCCAAUAAUGAAGUGAGCCCCAGCAGUAAACAAUUGGAGCUGAUUAUAUAUGUUUGGUAGUGGUGAAGUACAUACUUAUUCAUUCAACACUACUCAAUAAUUAUUCCUUAUUCAAAUUACAUAAUUAUUCAUUCAACACUACUCAAUUAUUACUCCUUAUUCAAAUUACAGCUUCCUUCUAAAUCUAAAUCUUCAAUGGCCGAACUCGGAAUCACCAUUGCUGAAAAGCUCCUCGAAGUUACUGCUUCUGUGGUCAUCAAAGAGAUUUGUGACAUGUGGGGUUGCAAAUCUCAACUUGAAGACCUCAACAAAACUGUCUCAACCAUCAAGAAUGUGCUCCUUGAUGCUGACUCCAAGCGUCAACUCUCCCACGAAACACGAGGCUACAUCGAGGAACUCAAGGCUGUUGUUUAUGAUGCUGAUGAUCUGUUCGAUGAGUUCUUCACUCUUGCUGAGCUCAAGCUGCUUGAUGGCAAGAGGGAUGAUAAAUUCCUUAGAAAGGUACGCCGCUUUUUUUCUGGUAAGAAAAAGGAGGUGAGUCAAGCUCAUAGGAUGUCUCGUCAGGUUAAGGACAUUAAGAAGCAGUUGGAUACUAUUGUUAGUAACCAUCACAAAUUUAGGCUUAGUGUGGACUAUAAUCCUAUUUGUAGAAGGAGGGAGGAAACUUGUUCCUACGUGGAUGCAGGGGAUAUCAUUGGGAGGGAGGACGAUAAAAAGGUUGUCAUUGAUAUGCUGUUAAGUCCCAAUGAUGUUCAGGAAAGUUUCCGCUUAGUGACUAUUGUGGGACUGGGAGGUUUGGGCAAAACUGCUCUUGCCCAGCUUGUGUAUAACGAUGAAAGGGUUGUAGCAGAGUUUUCGGAUUCCAAUUUGAGGUUGUGGGUUUGUGUGUCCGAUCAAGAUGGGGAGCAGUUUGAUGUCAAAGUCAUUCUUUGCAAAAUUAUAGAAUUACUUUCUGGUAAAAGGCCUGACGAUACCUCCUCAAUGGAGUUUGUGCAAAAGCAAUUUCAAGAGCAGUUAAGAGGAAAGAAGUACUUGCUUGUUCUUGAUGAUGUAUGGAAUGAAGAUUGUGAGAAAUGGCGUAAUCUGUGCAGGUUCUUAACGCUGGGUCAAGAGGGUAGUCGGAUUGUGGUGACUACACGUUCGGAGAUGACUGCAAUGAUUAUUGGAGAAAAACAUACGCACAAGCUGCAAGGUUUAUCCGAAGAGAAUUCGUGGCUCUUGUUCGAGUCUGUAGCAUUUGAUAAAGGGGAACACGAGCACGCAAGUCAUCUUGAAUUAGUUGUAAUUGGGAAGAGGAUUGUUGAAAAAUGCUACAAUAUCCCAUUGGCUAUAAAGGUGGUAGGAAGCCUUCUAUUUGGGCAGCCUGUGAACAAGUGGCAGACAUUUGAGCAUAGUGGAUUUGCUGGAAUUGGAAAUGGUGAUAAUGAUAUAAUGAGUAUACUAAAGCUUAGUUACCACAAUCUUAUACCUUCUUUGAAGAAUUGUUUUAGCUAUUGUGCACUGUUUCCCAAAGAUUUUAGACUUGAAAGGAAGGUGUUGAUUAGCCUUUGGAUAGCACAAGGCUACAUUGCUUCGCUGGACAGAGAUCAAAGCAUAGAAGAUGCAGCAGAGGAGCAUUUCCUGAUUUUGGUACGCAGAUGCUUCUUUCAGGAUGUAGAGAAGGACGAAUAUGGUGACAUUGAGUACGUGAAAAUGCAUGACUUGAUGCAUGAUGUUGCUCUAGAAGUGGGGAGGGAGGAAAUUGGUGUAGUGAGUUCUAAUACAACCAAAUUGGGAGAUAAAGUUCGUCAUAUGUAUUUUGCUCGUGGUACCUUUUCACAAACUUACUCAUUUAAGAGUAAGAUACGUUCGUUGAUUUCAAGGGGUGAUUACAAGUUCCUCUUUUCCAAUCACCUGGUGUUGGGUGAUCCGGUUGAUGCACGGAUUGAUAGUUGGAUUGGUCUAAGGGUGUUGUGCUUGCCGUCAAUGGGUAUGAAAAGGUUUGAUUCAAUUGGUAAGCUACUGCAUUUAAGGUAUCUUGACUUGUCUGAGAAUAGUCAGUUACAGGAACUCUCUGAUUCUAUUACUAGACUACAUAAUCUGCAGACUUUAGUUUUAAAAAAGUGCGAGGGUUUGAGGGAGUUGCCAAAAGAUUUUAGCAAAUUGGUAAAACUUAGGCACUUGAAUUUAAGUGAUUGUGAUAAUUUGAGUGGUAUGCCUUCGGGCAUGGAUAAAUUGAUAAGUCUUAGGUACUUGGAUAUAAGUAAUUGUCAAGAGCUGAGUAGUUUGCCUUCCAGCAUGGAUAAAUUAACUAAUCUUAGGUACAUUGAUUUAAGUAAUUUUAAUAGUUCAAAGUUAACUAGUAUGCCAUCAGGCAUGGGUAAGUUGACUAAUCUUAGGGUGCUUCCAUAUUUUGUGGUGGGUAUGGAAAAGAGAGUUUCAACAGAGGAGCAAUGUAUGGGAGAGCUCAAAGAACUUAAACCCCUGACCAACUUGAAAGGUGGCAUACAGAUCAAAAUCGGCGAAUUUUACAAGAAUGAUGGAGGAGAAGAGUAUUUGAAGGGUUUGAAAUAUCUCACUGAAAUUUUAAUCAAUUUUUGUGAUUAUGGAAAUGAUGGAUGUUUAGAGUGGGAAGAUGUGAUGGAAAAGCUAGAGCCACCUUCAAAUCUCAAGACAUUCUGCUUGUGGGGAUACAUGGGUACGACAAUUCCAAGGUGGGGUAGAGCACUUGAUAACUGGGCACUCUCCCUCCCACUUCUUGUCAAUAUCUGGCUUUAUGGCUGUAACAAUUUGGAGCAAAUACCAUUGUUGAGUAAACUGCGUAAUCUGAAAUUACUAAGACUUGAAUCUCUACACAAGCUGGAAUAUAUGGAGAAUACAAGCAGCAACAAUGCCAAUGAAGGAGAAGAUUUUACGGCAUUCUUUCCCUCCCUUGAAUCACUCUACAUUUACAAGCUCGGUAGUUUGAAAGGAUGGUGGAGGGAGGAGGAGUUGGUUGAGGAUGAGGAUGAUGAUGACUGUAUCUUGAGGAGUAGCUUCACAUUUUCUCGUCUUUCCAAAUUGGAAAUCAAUAAUUGCCCUAAGUUAACUUCAUUUCCUUCCUGUGGAAGUCUCGAAUAUUUGGACUUGGAUGACGUUGACGUGGGUCUUCUAAACUUUAUAAACUCUCCAGUCAAUGAACUACACAUAAGCCAGAAUAAGGUGGAGAGUUUAUCAGAAUAUGGGGAUGUAUUCCGGAAAUACAAAUACACUUCUUACCUAAGAAGCCUUCGAAUUUCUUAUUGCUCAAAUUUGAGGAGACUUGGAAGAGGGGGGUUGGAGCAUCUCACUGCCUUGGAGUCAUUAGAGUUUCUAGACAAUGAGCAACUUAGCUUCUCUGAAGACGAGGUCGAUGACGAUGGCAUGCCAUGGAAAUCCCUUCAACACUGUCUCCGUUCCCUGUAUAUUAGUGGAGGCAGGGCCAUGAAGUCACUCCCUGAAUCAAUCCGGAACCUCACCUCCCUUCAGAAACUUAAGAUAGUUGGAUGUCCAGAAGAACUAGAAGAAAGAUGCAAAGAACCAGAUGGGGAGGACUGGCCUAAGAUUCAACACAUCCCCCACAGAGUAAUACAUUGGUAGUAUUAGUCAUUAGCCAAUUAUCUAGCAAGAUUGACAGUUUCAAUUUUGUAUAUAGCUUGUUCAUCGGGGUCCUCAACCUUCAGGUGAAGGCGUAAAUAAAUAUUUUCUUGAAGCAUGAAGUUGAUAUCAAACUUUCAUUAUCAUAAUUCAUUAUUAAAAGAUUGUACUCAUGUGGAAGCUGCUAAGAGCGUCACUUCAUUGGAUGAACAUGAUGUGGAGGAGUCAACCAAUUCUCAAGUCUCUCUGACUAUGGACGGUCUGCAGGAAGCUGCUGUGAGAUUUGAUGUGGACGACUGCAAGACUUGGUUUGACAGAGUGAAUUGUAAAAAAAUCUUUCAAGAACGUAUGACUUAGGAUCAUGUAAAUACUUCAUAGUCUGCGCCUCUGCAGUGCUUGUUAAUUUCAAAUAAUGUAUUGUGAAAGAAAAAUAUACAAAUGACUCUUUCAGACAUGUAAGCACGGCAAUGCAACAUUUAGUAUUGUUUGUA